CACCCUCCUACACCCUCCCCCAAGGGAAUGGGGGUUCUAUGUUCUAUGAUGUAGCGAAGACCUCAGGGUUAACUGCCACUUGGCUGAGAAAAAAUGCAAUGGCUGCUGGAGGACUUGUUUGGGGCUGGAGGAGACAUGGGGCCUCUCUGGGACCAGCUGACACACGCCCUGGCCUGCAGACACUGUGGCAGCAGCUGCCUCCACAGCCCAGGAAGCCUGGUGACACUAUUCUUGUUCAUGGUCUGGCAGAUCCGGAGGUGGCACCAUCUUGGGAAGUGGCAACAGCUUCAGCCCUGGUGGUCUGGGGACAAGGUGCAAGGCAAGGGCCUAUCGCUUCUGCACCAUGUGGCCUUCCUGGAUUGCCUGUGGAAGCAGAAAUCAGAAGAGGAAGAGGAGGAGGAAGAAGGGGAAGAGGAGGAGGAAGACAUGGAGGAGGAGGAGGAGGAGGAGGAGGAAGUGUGUCUGGACCCUAUGGAACCACAUUCUUCUGCCCAAGGAGCUUCCAUAGAAGAACAAGUCACCACUGUCCCUCCUCAGCUAUCCUGCCGCUCAGUGGGCCUUCCCAAGGCCACAGGGCCAUCAGAAAAAACAUUCACUCACCCCCUAAGUGCUUCACGAUCCUUCCCCACCUUCCAGAUCCUAACCAACCUACCCCCAGAGCACAAGACCAAAGCAGGAAGCCACUUGCCACAGAGGAAAAGCCAGCUCUUCUGGGGUCUGCCCUCUCUGCACAGCGAGUCCUUGGAGGCCAUUUUCCUGGACAGAAAUGGCUCCUCCCCUCUUAAGUUUUAUGUUUAUCCUUCUGUCUUCUUCAACAGGCUUGCCUUCCUGCCGAAGUAUAACUUGCUCCUUCCCCAGUAUCACUCCCCAAAGCCAUUUCCCACUGAUGAAGCAUGUACUUUAGAAGAUUUGGAAGGAACAGACCCUGAUCCUCCCUGGCUUCCAUCUCCACCUUCCCUUCCUGGCCCCUCAGUACCCCUCUGCCUUAUGCCCUUGGCUGUGGACCAUAAGGGAAUCCUAUCCAGUGCUGAGGGGCAGUGGCCUACACAGCAGAGAGAGGUUCACUGGGGAGACCAAGUCCUCCCCCAGCCUGAAUCCCAGAUAACCAAACCUGCCAAGUUCUCAUCUGAGGUCCCUCUCAGUUGCUGUAGCAACCACACCCUCAAGCAGAGCUCAACAUUUUUCAAGCUUCCCUUCCUGCUCCCGACUACCACAGGUGACUACCUCUGGAAUUCACAGAUCCCUACUGUACAAGUUCACCUUUUGCGUGGCUACAGCUAUCCGGAGGAUUGCUUCUUCAACAAAAUCAGUGUUGUAAGUUUGGCAGGAUAG